CCGCCCCUCUUCUUCCCCCACCUGCCACGUACUGGCCCCGAGAUCUCGCUAGGCUUGGUGGGUCCGUGCGAUUGGCCGGGGCCCGCGCGAGCUUACUAGCGAGGUGCGGCAGCGCCGGCGGAGGGCACCGGAGUGGGCCGUGACCGCAGCCACCCCACGACGCCCCGGAGCCAGCCCGGCGUCGGCCUCGCACCGGUCAGGUCAGCGGAGAUCCGCGGGGAGGCGGCCGCGGCAGCCUCGGCAAGCCGAUCCAUUGGAACUGAGCAGUGAACAGUCCUCCCACAAUCAAAAGGACGUACUAUUCAUUACAUCUGAUGUUGGAAAUUUCUCUUAAUUAGGAGUGUGUUUGUUGGGGAUCACUUCUGGCUACAUAAAAAAGACUGGAAGGUAAACAAGGUGGAAUCUUUACCAUUUUGUUGAAGUGAUUAUACUUCAGAGCUUGGCGCAUAGUAGUCUUUCCGUAGAGUUGUAUGUACAGAACAUCCUGGAGUCCACCAUGAAUGGACAGUUGGACCUAAGUGGGAAGCUAAUCAUCAAAGCUCAACUUGGGGAGGAUAUUCGACGAAUUCCAAUUCAUAAUGAAGAUAUUACUUACGAUGAAUUAGUGCUAAUGAUGCAGCGAGUUUUCAGAGGAAAACUCCUGAGUAAUGAUGAAGUUACAAUAAAGUAUAAAGAUGAAGAUGGAGAUCUUAUAACAAUUUUUGAUAGUUCUGACCUUUCUUUUGCAAUUCAGUGUAGUAGAAUACUGAAACUGACAUUAUUUGUUAAUGGCCAACCAAGACCCCUUGAAUCGAGUCAAGUGAAAUAUCUCCGUCGAGAGCUAAUAGAACUGCGAAAUAAAGUGAAUCGCUUGUUGGAUAGUUUGGAACCACCUGGAGAACCAGGACCUUCCACCAGUAUUCCUGAAAAUGAUACUGUGGAUGGUAGGGAUGAAAAGCCUGCUGCUUCUGAUUCUUCUGGAAAACAGUCUACUCAGGUUAUGGCAGCAAGUAUGUCAGCUUUUGAUCCUUUAAAAAACCAAGAUGAAAUCAAUAAAAAUGUCAUGUCAGCGUUUGGCUUAACAGAUGAUCAGGUUUCAGGGCCACCCAGUGCUCCUGCAGAAGACCGUUCAGGAACCCCCGACAGCAUUGCUUCCUCCUCCUCUGCAGCUCAUCCGCCAGGAGUUCAGCCACAGCAGCCCCCGUAUACAGGAGCUCAGACACAAGCAGGUCAGAGUGAAGGUCAGAUGUACCAGCAGUACCCGCAGCAGGCCGGCUAUGGUGCUCAGCAGCCACCCCAGCCGCCCCAGCCACCCCAGCCGCCCCAGCAGUACGGUAUCCAGUAUUCAGCAGGCUAUAGUCAGCAGACUGGACCCCAACAACCUCAGCAGUUCCAGGGAUAUGGCCAGCAACCAGCUUCCCAGGCACCGGCUCCUGCCUUUGCUGGCCAGCCUCAACAGCUGCCUGCUCAACCACCACAGCAGUACCAGGCGAGCAGUUACCCUCCACAAACUUACACUACCCAAACUUCUCAGCCUACCAGUUAUACUGUGGCCCCUGCCUCACAACCUGGAAUGGCUCCAAGCCAACCCGGGGCCUAUCAACCGAGACCAGGUUUUACUCCACCUCCUGGAAGUACUAUGACUCCACCUCCAAGUGGGCCUAACCCUUAUGCACGCACCCGCCCUCCCUUUGGUCAGGGCUAUACCCAGCCUGGACCUGGUUAUCGAUAAAGAGGCUCAGCUACACUGAUGAAUGUAGCUGAUAGCGGUUUGCCUCCCAAAAGACUCCAGUACUACUAUUUUAAUUUGUAUUGAAGUUCAGAAAUUUAAAAAGCAGAGCAUUUUUUAUGGUAUCAUUGUUGCUGUUAAUUGAAAGUAUAAUUUGCUGGAACACAAAAAGAGCAAAAUGAAAGUUUUUUUCUUCCCUUGCUUAAAAGUGUAGCAGCUGCCUAGUUAUUUUGGAACACUACUCUGAUGUGCAUAAAGUGAUUGACUUUCUAGCUUGCCUUGUCCGGAGGAUAUUAAAACGCUAGGCUGAAGUUUAGCCAUCUGAACUUGGCUUUUUAUUAUUAACAUGAUGUACUAAAAUAUAGAUCCCUUUGAGAAAACAACUAGGUAUUAUGUAUAAAAUGUAACAUUGAUAGGUUAAUAAAGAUAAUUGAAUCCAUU